AUGACGAUUGGGCUUGAUCUACAAAAUUUGCUUCAAUGGGCAACGUCUCACGGUUGUCAAAUCUCAGAUUCUAUAGAAUUUCGAGCAUCUCACCAAGGAGUAUCUGUGUAUUCCAAAGAAACCUUUUCAUUAUCAAAAUACGAAGUGAUAGUUCCAGACUCGAUAAUAAUUACCCCAGAUAAAGCAUUUGAACAACUCGAUAUUGAUCCUAAAAUUGACCCAGUACUGGCUCUAAAGUUGUAUCUGUGCUAUUUGAAAUCAACUGGGCAUGAAGAUUUUGCAGCAUAUGUCAAAUGCCUGCCACCACUGAGAAAGAUCGGUUCUCCAAUUACCUUCAGUGAACAAGAACUAGAUCUUUUGAAAGGAACAAAUAUCUUUAAUUCAGUUCCAGCAAUGAGAGCUCAGUUGUUAGCUGAGUAUGAGGAACUGUUGACAUCACAAGGCUGGAUAAUUGCAAAGAAUUAUGACAAGCUAUGCAAGGAUGAUUUUUUUUCGCUUAUCACUGGUGAGCUCUCAGAAGGAUGCCAUUAUCCUCCUCAGUUUAGCUGGUUUCUUUGGGCCCAUUUGAUUUUAACCUCGAGAGCUUUUCCUUAUCGUUUAAUCAACCCUAAGGCUCCCAGUAAUGCAGUCAUGUUGCUCCCAAUUGUCGAUCUAUUUAAUCACAAAGCAGGCUCAAAAGUGACAUGGUUGCCAUCACAAAGUCAGUUUGGGAUUCGAAUCGAAGAAACUGUUGGACAAGGCGAAGAGUUGUUCAAUAAUUAUGGCCCCAAAGGAAAUGAAGAACUGUUUAUCGGAUAUGGAUUCACGAUACCCGAUAACGAGCACGAGCAAUUGCAGCUCAGUAUCAACAUCCAAGACGUGAGUGAACGGGAUCUUGGAAUAUGGGAUAUAAAACUUCCAAAAAUGAGCGACUAUACAUUUUCUGUGUCAAGCGAUGGACAGGAAGAACACGGGAAAGAGGUAAUGACAACCGCUGUAUUCAUUUGCAAUAAUUAUCAUACUUUACCCGAGGGAUUGCUCGAGCUCUUUGCAUACAAAUCUAGAAAUCAGGAGGAUACUCAAAAGACUUUGGCAUCAUUGUUCAAGGGAUUGAAUAAUCUAAAAGCGGCUAUUGAUCACAAGUUCAAAAAUAUUACUGAUAAGCCGUCUUUCGGAUUCUACACCAACUCUCAUUUGAUCCCAGGAGCUACAAAUGGAAAUGACCAGCUACUGUCAGGUAACUGUGAAAACUCGAUCAUAUACAAACGAAGUCAAUUGAAACUUGGAAAAUUAAUAAAGGCAUCACUAAAAGAUGAGGAAAAAAGACUGCUCAAAACCUACCGAGCAAAGUUGAUCACCGUCAAAGACAUGAUUAAAAAAGAUCUUUUCAUCUCUGAGGCAAUCACAAAGUUCAAUUUUGCAUCUCCGGAAGAAAACUUGUCAGUCAUUGAGCAAGAAAUUUUGGUUAGCUAUUGGCUUUUGAUGGUUGCAAAAGGAGUAUCUUCAAAUUUGAAUUCCGAUUGGGUGCAGAAGGAGUUCUUAAAUUGCGCAGACACCAUCCAUUCUGAAUCUUCAGAUGCUGUACGAAUGUAUGAAAUGCUGUCUCAAGAUUCAAAUAUACCUGAUUGGCAAGAAAUGGUGAGUCUGGAGGAAUUCGUCAAAGCCGAUCAGGUGAAGAUGCGAAAUUAUUAUGCUAAGGGGGCCAAAGGAGAACCGAUUUUGAUAGUACCGACUACUCUCUGA